GUAUAAAAGAGUUUCGCUUUUGAACAUUGUUAAGGAGAGUCCUCAUUUCUACUAAUUGGUGUCAGAAUCCUAGUUUCCAGCAGUUCAAUUGAUUAAGCCAUCAGCAAAAGUCGUCAGUAUCUGACUAAUUACACUAAUUGAUUAAACAAUGAAAUGUUUAUAAGAAUGACUGUAUUUGGUUCUGCCUUCACCAGUCAUUGUGUGAGACAUCAACAACCAUGGAGACAACUCGCUUCGCUUUCUGCAUCCUUCUAGUCAGCCUUGUCGGACUGACCAGCGGACUUCCUGGAACGGGUACGGCAUGCGACAGCCACCCGUGUAUGAAUGGCGGUACGUGCAGUCCUAAUGGACCUGACCCCAGUUAUGGGUACGAGUGCUACUGCCCAGAGCAUGUAAUUGGACUUAAUUGUCAAGAUGUUCAGCACCAGUGCGAUGGUAAUCCUUGUAUGAAUGGUGGCACGUGUGAUGCGACUGGCGUGACUGAGCCUUAUGUAUGUAGAUGCCCGCCAAACAUCGAAGGAGACCGUUGUCAGUAUGCUUUCUGUCUGGACGAUCCGUGUCUGAACGGCGGAACGUGUUAUAAUAGUGCCCAGGGUUUCUGGUGUAUGUGCCCUUUCCUGUACCAAGGAGAACACUGCGAACAGCAUUGUGACCCCAUCACUGGAGAAUGUACAGCUUGAUCUGGCAUGGACGAUUGACUGCAGUGAAGAGGAGCAAGAUCACCGUCUUCAAGGCCGUGGUUUUCAAGACAUCUUCACAACCAACGCUUGCUUCUAAUUUAGUGUAAGAAGAUUAUUGAUUAAAAAAAAAUAUUUUUGAAUUAAUUACAACAAUUUUAACAAUCAUUUCCAUAAAAUCCAUUUCAAAUCUUGGCGUCAAUUGGAAUUAGAAGGCCAACAUUUCGGCAUCCUGCUAUUUAUAAAGUUGUGUUCUUGGAAUGUAUCUUUGUGACUCAUAUAUAGACCUGCAGUACUCUGUUUUCAAUCUCCGUUCUGCCAAUUUCAAAGGAUGGUGAAGACCCAGCUGUUUCAUGUUUCUGCGAAUUUUAAGUGUUUCAGUUGCUUUUUUUAUAUACAAUUUACCAGAAAACAAAACAAAACAGUGGAACAAACAAGUUUCAAAUCACCAUGCAAAUAUCGCAUUUUCAACCUAAAUCACAUCCGUAUUCCGUCGUAUAUCUUACAAUAAUAAGAAUACUCCGACAAAUUGAAUUAACUGCAAACAAUUAUAUACUACUUUAUCUUUUGAUUAUUAUGAUUCCUUUAAUUUUCAAGUCUGCUUACGGACUUUAGAGACUUCUAAUACAUGUAGGUAGACAAGCGAGUGUUUGGAAAUAAAGUUAAUGCAGCCAUAA